GACAUGGCUUGUCCGAUAAAUUUGAUAGUGUGAACAGGUUGAACUGCUGUUCAAGCUCACUUCAAACUUGCAUAUAAACGGUAUCAUGUAUCAAUGAAGAAUGAGGUAGAAAGAAGAAGUGUCAAAAUCAAAACAAAAAAUAAAAAAUAAUCAACAAAUAAGAAGUUCCAUGAAUUAAAAACAGUCCAAACUUUUAUUUAAUUUAAUUUCAUUUCAAUAAUUUUAAUAAAAUGGAAACUACAACAAAUGACGAUAACAAUUUAGAACCUUUAGCCAAACUAAUUGCAACAAAUUCCGUUCCCGAAUUAACUUACAUUUGUCGAAUUUGUCUUUGUGAAGCAAACGAUGGUAGCAAAAAGAUAAGCUCUAAAAUGCGUAUAUUUAGCAAGACUCAAGAAAUACGAUUUCUUAUUCAAGAAUCAACUGGAGUUGAUAUUAUUGACCAAGAAUUCUUACCAAAUUUUAUUUGCGAAAAAUGCUUAAAAACUUUAACAGCUUGGUGCGAAUUACGUUUCCAAGCGAAACGUUCCGAUGAGAUUCUUACAAAUUACUUAUUGAAUCUUAGUAAUACUCUGGACAGCAAUCCAUUGCCAAAUACCAAUUUUGUCAUUCAUUUGAAAGGGGACAAAAUUAGUUUGGUACCCUCAGAAACUAUUGAUCAAAUUGAAGGUUUUGAGAUUUCUGUUUUAAAAGAGAAAUCACAAAUUGUGGGAUUUGUCUUUCACUGUGCCUCUUGUACAAUGUCAUUUACAAAUCAAUUAGAUUUGGACAAACAUGCCGAAGAACAUUCACGAUAUAGAAAAAAAGCUAAAUUCUACAAAUGUGAACUUUGUAAUAAAAUGUUUACAUUCCAACGUGGUUUGGAUUUUCACAAGAAACGUAAUCAUUCUGCAGAUAGAAAGAAAAAUCAAUGUGGUGAAUGUGGAAGGGAUUUUAUAACACCAAAAGUUUUACAGCGUCAUCAGAAUUUGAUUUGUGUGCCGAAAGAAUUGAUAGAAAAAUGUAGAAUUGCACCAAUGAAUGUGGAUUUGGAGGAAAUCACAGCAGUGUGUGAAAAGGCAAUGAUGGAGACAAAAUUCUCUUGUGUUUUGUGCAAAGAGAUAUUUUAUGAAAAUCAUCUUUUAAAUAAAUAUUUCUCUUCACAGAAUUUCAAAAACCACAAUGCAUUCGUUCAACAUUUUUCUACGCACAACGACAACCUACGCUGUUCUAUUUGUCAUAAAGAUUUAUUAAAUGUUACUCUCCUAGAAAGGCAUGUGCGAGUGCAUUUGCGUGAAAAAGUUUAUACCUGUCCGAUUUGUUCUCGAUCGUUUUAUCGAAGAAACACCAUGCAAGAGCAUGUAGUAAAUCACGUCAAAAGUUUAGAGGCAUACAGGUGUAAUGAGUGUCGAAAAGAAUUUUUUACAUUAAAAGAAUUCAAAAAACAUAUUCAAAAGCAUUUUUUAGCAGCGGACAAAGCAAGAAAAGCAAGUAGGAGAAAUGAUCGUUUGAAUAUUGACAAAGUAGAAAAAGAUGAUAUCAAUGAAUUCGAUUCAAAUAGUUUAAAUAAAGAUGAAUCGAUGAUGAAUGCAACAACUUUGGAAAAGCCUUUGGAAGAAGAAAAACAAUCCGAAGGCGAAACAUCAAAUAUAGCAGAAGUUCAUAAGCCUUUAAAAGUGGAAAUGCAUUUACCACCAAUUGAACUUUUUGAUUCCAACGAACAUUUUCAAAUAAUAAAAACUGAAAGGGAAUCGCCUAAUCCAAUGGAGUCAGAUAUUCCAACACACUUUGAGCAUUCUAAUGAAAUCCAAGGAAUUGAAAAACCAAAACUGGAUGUGUCCUCCGAAGAAGAAAACGUCGACGAUGACGCUGAAUCAGAUGAUGAUUACUUAACAACACUUUCAAAGUCGAAUACUCAAGUCAGUGAAUUUGAUUCAGAAAAACAUGACGAAGCUCUUCUCGAUUUAUGUAAAGUAAAAUGCCAUAUACCUGGUUGCCAACAGGAAUUUUCAAGCUUUCAAAACACGGUUGUUCAUUUUUCUGAAAAACAUCUUUCCAAACAAGCACCUUUUGAAUGCGAAAUGUGCUUUCAAAAGUUUCAUUCGAAAUUAUCAAUUAAGCUUCAUAUAAAAGAUUAUUACACAUUUAAGUGUCCAGUUUGUUCAAAAAUGCAACCAAACUUUUCCUCAUUGAACAAACACAUUAAGGGUUAUCACCUAACAAAUCGAUUCAAAUGUUCACACUGUGACAAAACUUUUGGCAUACAAAAUGCACUCAAAUGUCAUGAGCUCACUCAUAAAGGUACAAAAGAAUUCAAAUGCGAUCUUUGUGAGAAAGAGUUUUACUCUAAAAAUGGUUUAUACUUGCAUCAGAAAAGUCAUAAGUUUAUAAAGGAAUUACAAUGUUUGAGUUGUGGUAUACAAUUGGCAAGUAAAAGUCGACUGGCGAGGCAUGUUAAUAAAUGCGUUCAUAAAAAAAGAUGGAAAAGGGAUUAAAAAUAGAAGGAUAUCUUCUGAGGAAGGAACGGACUUUUGAACGAAAAAUGAUAUUUCAAAAAAGAAAUUCUCCUAUUUAAUUCUUAAUUUAUUUAGUACAUAUAAAUUAUUUUUUCUAAAUCAACUUGUAUUCUUAAAUUAAAAACCUAGAUUAAAUUUACUUAUAUUAAACUUAAAUUAAACCAUUAAAUUAAUAAAACUAGCUAUUCUCUUUAUACACGAAUUACAUAUAUCAAAAAACAUAUCGAUACCUUCCCGUAAGAAUGUAUUAAGCGACAUUUUUUUCGAAAAUGACUUUUUGAUGUAGAAAUAUACUACGAAUUAAGCGCCACGUUUUGGUACCAUUUUGGUUGUUCUAUCAUGUAUACAAAUGAAACUAGAGCGAAUAAAAUUGUGCA